AUGUCUCAGGAGCGAUACGUUGCCAUUUGUUUUCCUCUGCACCACGUCCAGCUGUGCACGGUAAACAGAGCAGCAUAUGGGCAGUGGUACAUAAAAAUUAUGCUUACUGCUAGAAAGGCUGCUUCUGAUAAGUCUUCAGCCUCCAAGGGUCAGAGGACCGUCCUGUUACACGGGGUGCAGCUCAUACUCAGCAUGAGUUUCUUUAUCUAUCCGCUGACUGAGUACUUUCUCGUGGGUCAGCCUCUAGAGGUCAUGAGACAUGUCUUAUUUUUUAACUACUACGUGACUCUGGUUCUUCCGAAAUGCCUGACACCCCUGAUAUAUGGCGUCAGGGACGAGAAUUUCAAAAGACAUCUCAAGCAGUACUUGUGUUUGUGUGCUAAGAAAGUGCAGCCUCUGGGAUCCAACUGAAUUAUUAAGACAUGAAUAAAGACACAUCAUAGAAAACCAAACAGUU